AUGAGACAACAAGCCAAGGGUUACGCAUUGCAAUUCACAGCGAGGGUUCCGUCAAAUUGGCAGUGGCUUGAGCUUGAAGCUGUGUUCAAAGGCCAUGACUCGUAUCUUGAGCCAUCCAGCAGCAGAUUUGAGAUCUGCCCUACGACAGACGUGGAAUUCCUAAAGACAUCUGUCAAGAUUUGUGAAUCAAAUCAUGAACGAUGUGUGGCGGUGGCUGGUUCAAUCACUCCGGAGAAGAUGUUGAUCAUCGAUUUGGAGGAUAUGUGUGUCAAACCAGCCCCUGGUGGUUGCAGAUACGUUGCCCUGAGUUAUGUCUGGGGCAAGAUAACUGAAAAUUGGCUGGCACUCACACGGGACAAUUUCGUUAGCAUGGGCCGAAAGAAUGCGUUGAUAGGUGCAAGCCUACCACACACGAUCAAGGACGCCAUGCAGCUGUGUCUCGAUCUUGGAGAGCAGUAUCUGUGGAUCGAUAGCUUGUGUAUUCUGCAAGAUGAUCCCGUCUCGCAGAAGCAACAAAUCGAUAUCAUGGACUUGAUUUAUGCGUCUGCAACCUUGACUAUCGUGGCAGCUGCCGGAGACCAUGCCAACAGUGGGUUGCCCGGAAUCAGGCGAUGGUCGAGGACGGCCAAGCGUCAGACUAUCACGAUCCAAGACAUUGAGAUCAGCAAUAUACUGCCUCGUAUGGCGGAUACAGCUGAAAAGUCCGUAUGGAACACGCGCGGCUGGACGUAUCAGGAGCGUAUGUUCUCACGUCGGUGUAUAUUCCUCACCGAUGGACAGGCAUUUUAUGCUUGCUCUGAAGAG